GGCCGCAUGGCGGGGGCCCCGCGCUGGCUGGGCGUGAGCCUCUUCUCGGACCAGGGCGGCAGGAAGUACAUGGAGGACGUGACCCAGGUGGUGGUGGAGCCCGAGCCGCCCCUCGCGGGGGCCUCCUCGUCCGCCGCCGCCUCCUCGGCCGUGGCCUUCUUCGCGGUGUGCGACGGGCACGGCGGGCGGGAGGCGGCCCAGUUCGCCCGCGACCACCUCUGGGCCUUCAUCCAGAAGCAGAAGGGCUUCCGCUCCCGCGAGCCGCCCGCCGUCUGCGCCGCCCUCCGCAAGGGCUUCGUCGCCUGCCACCGCGCCAUGUGGAAGGAGCUGCCAGAGUGGCCAAAGACCAUGACGGGCCUUCCGAGUACAUCUGGGACGACCGCCAGCGUGGUGAUAAUCCGGGGGUCAAAGAUGUACGUGGCUCACGUGGGCGACUCAGGAGUGGUGCUUGGAGUCCAGGAUGAUCCCAAAGAUGAUUUUGUCCGGGCUGUAGAGGUGACGCAAGAUCAUAAACCUGAGCUUCCGAAGGAGAGGCAGCGAAUUGAAGGACUCGGGGGCAGCGUGAUCAACAAAUCUGGCGUGAACCGGGUCGUGUGGAAGAGGCCUCGUCUGACCCACAACGGUCCUGUGCGGCGGAGCACAGUCAUCGAUCAGAUCCCCUUCCUGGCGGUGGCUCGUGCCCUGGGAGACCUGUGGAGCUACGACUUCUAUAGCGGGGAGUUCGUGGUGUCUCCGGAGCCGGAUACGAGUGUGCACACUCUAGAUCCUCAAAAGCACAAAUAUAUCAUCCUGGGGAGUGAUGGACUGUGGAACAUGAUCCCUCCUCAAGAAGCCAUUUCUAUGUGCCAGGAACACGAGGAGAAGAAAUACUUUACGGGAGAGCACCAGCAGUCGUUGGCCAAAAUGCUGGUGAACAGGGCACUGGGCCGCUGGAGGCAGCGCAUGCUCCGCGCGGACAACACCAGCGCCAUCGUGAUCAGCCUCUCUUCGGUGCGGAGCAAUCGGAGCGGCUGAAACAACGAGGAGCUCUGCUUCAACCUGUCGGAGAGCCCGUCCUACCGCAGCUCAGAGGCAUGGAUGAUGACGCCUUCGCGGUGCUCUUCUCCCCCAGUCAGGGUGUUGGAAGAGGACUUGUGGCCACGGCUGAACUCCUCAGAGGCUGUUCCUUCACUUACGCACACCAGCACAGUGUUUGGUAAGCCUUCUGAGAUGCCCGGCGAGAUCGCCAAGAGCAACCUGCCAUUACCGGUAACGUCUCCCAGAGAUGUUGGUCCGCAAGAAGAAAAGAUCAGCAAAGCGCUUGGGUUGAGGGUACGAGAAUCGUGCGGCAAAAGCCCACCAGGUACCCUCUCUCCUUCCAACUCUGGGAACACUGGCGUUGACUCAAAGGUCUUCCGCAUGCCUUUGAGCGAUCCAGCAAAAGCCCAGGAGUCGGAGAGGAUGUUGACGGCGAGCUUCAAAAGGACAUUGGAAGAAUCCAAUUCAGGACCGGCAGUCAAGAAGCCCAGGCGAGGCCUAUCGCGAAACAUCGGGGUCCAGCCUGAAAGUUUGUCCUCGACAUCUCAGCACAAAAACUCCAGCAAGCUCGCGAUGCGCCGUAGUCUGAGAGGACAAAAGAAACUUGGGACUUCAUUGUUCCAGCAGCCGCGGAAAGCCCUCUGUGUUUGCUGAAGGGUGUCUGCGGUAACGCAGUUCACACCUGGCCAGUUUGAAAUCGGUGCAGAUCUUUGAAACUCUGCAGUUUUUCUCUUUUUUUUAAAAAAAAAAAAAGUAGAAAAGAUUUCCCUUCCCCUCCUUUUGGGAUUUUAGACAGCUUUUAUCCCUGCCCUUAUAAUCGCUUGUAAUAUAAUUGUGAAUUUUGUAGACGGUAUUAGGAUUCAAAGGAGUCGCUGUAAAAAUGUGUGUAAAUUUAUAUUCCUUCAUACACAGGUAAUCUCUUUCUCCCCCCCCCCCCUGUUUCCUGAUCUAACUCUGUUUUGCAUAAUAGUUACAAACAGGGCUAAAACUUGGGAGGAUAUUUGUUUUCGAUGGUAUCUUUCUUUUGUUGGCGGGAAGGGCAGGUUAAUUUAGUACGAAGUCUUGAAUUUGUAUAAGCUUCCUGUGAUGACUUCACAGCCUUUUUUAAAAAAAAAAGUAAAUUAUUAAAACAGAAUGGAAGAUAUGUAUUUUCGUAGCACUUAAUACGUUCUGCUUGGCAAGUGUGUCCUUUUAGAGAAUAUAAUUCUAGGUCUAUUUUCUUUCUUAGCUUUUAGAUUUCUCUAUACAGAAACGAAACGGAAGAGAUGUUGAGUUGCCUUUACACGACUCAAUGGUGGUUCCUGUAUUUUAAUUACAAUACUAUGCAGUACUUGCUUUGGUUGUAUUUUUUGUUUGUUUUGUAAAGACGAAGGGCCCAUAUUGUAGCCCCCCCCCCCACCAAAAGAUUUCCACCAUAAAUUCACGGCUGCCGGGAGCUGCCUUUUGAAAUGUUCUUCGGUUGCACAUCUGGAAAUACUACACAUUCCUUUUAAUACAAGCAUGAGGGAUUUUAAUAUUUCAACAACGGAUGGUGCUGAUGAUGGUGCUUUUUCCACCACAAGUUCUUAAGUUAUUGGGAUGGUUUUAUAGUUUUCAUUGCGUAUGUGGACCAUGUGUACUUAUACUGAAAUAAAACUAGCCAAAAACUU